GUACGAUUGGGUGGACAAGUUCUCCUUCAACCUGAACCACAGGUCUGUCCUGACUGUUUAUCGUAUUAAUUCUUCUAAAGCAACACUCCAAGUGAAUAAGUUUCCUUUUCCUAAAAUAUGUUGGGGAGCAAUAUUGGUAAUGAAGCAAUCCCUGUUUUCCUUGAGGAGAACUGUUUCCAGUAUCCUGCUAAUUCAUCAAACCAGUUGCAGUUAUUUCAACAUCUUGGAUGUACUGUUGAUAAAGUAAAUUAUUUUGGAAGUGAGAAUAAGACCCCUAUAUUUCGGCCUAAUAAACGAGGCCGGGAAGCGAAAGACAUUUCAAGACAGCGGAAGCUUCAGAUUUCCUGGAAUCAAAAUAUCUAUCAUGAUGAAGCUGACAGACCAACAGCUAUUCAAAACCAGAAUCCUGUGUCAACCGGUUUAAAGCUAUCAUAUGAUGAUGAUGAACGCAACUCCUCUGUCACUUCUACAAGUCGAAGUAUGACUGCACCAUCAUCAAUUAUCUUACCAUUAAGUGACAACAUUACGACUGAACUUGAUCGACAAACAGAAGAAUUGGAUCAAUAUAUUAAGACUCAGGAAAUACAUUUAGUGAAGGGGUUAAGGGACAUUAAGCAGAGACACACGGCUUCUUUUCUGACUGCUCUACAGAAAGGUGUUGGUAAGAAGUUACAUGAGAAAGAUGUAGAGUUAGAGAACAUAAAUCGGAAGAACAGGGAACUAGUUGAGAAAAUGAAGAAGGUGGUAAUGGAAGCCCAGAAUUGGUGCUACAGGGCCAAAUACAACGAAUCGGUUGUUAGCAUCUUGAAAACCAAACUCCAGCAAGCACUACAUGGUGCUGACCAAGCCAAAGAAGGAUUUGGAGACUCUGAUAUAGAUGAUGCUGCCUCCUGCAGUUACACCAACAAUUACGUCAAUGUUCCCAGUGGGGCUGGAAAGUUGAUGAAAUCCGUGAAGGAUAAUAUGAUUUGCAGAGCAUGCAAGGGUAAGGAGUUAUCUAUCUUGUUAAUGCCUUGUAGACACUUGUGUUUGUGUAAAGAUUGUGAAGGGUUAUUCAAUGUUUGCCCUGUAUGCCAGUUGCCGAAAACGGCUAGUGUCCAGGUUUACUUGUCUUAAAAUAUCAACUAAAAACAUAAAAAUUGAAAAUUUUCACUCUUUUUUGGAUAUGCCAUUUACAUUGCCUUCUUUCGUUAUUAUCAAGAAAUGCAUGUAUUUACUUAUUGAAUUCAGAAAAUGGAAUGCUG